CAUCUCAGCCAAACUGUACACCUAUAGACUAUAUCACAUAUUAGUAGUAGGUAAAAAUACGUUGGGGUCCUAAGGUUCUACAAUGGCGACCUUGUACCAGAAAGCACAGCGUUGGCAGACCUCCCUCCGGACAUCAGUUGCAGGGAGCCGCUGGAUUCAGGCGGCGCAAGACUGGCGUGUGGGAGUCCCUACAAAAGAUUUAUGGCGCAUUGGAAUGGCUGCUUGCCUUUCUUUCAAUGCUAAGUGUCCUUGCUGUAGGUAUUCCAAUUUCCUUACUAAUUGCAGAGAUCGUGCCGAAUACAUCGCAUUUUUCAGUAAUUUACUGAAAAUGUGAAUUUUUAUAUAGGUCUACCAUGACUACCCUGAUGUAGUGUUAUCUGUCGAUAGGUUUCUCUCCUUCAGCUCAUUCAAAGAAGAAUAAAUACCUGUACCGUAGUACCUGUAUUGGGUCGAAUCUCGAAACGUGAUUUAUCAUUAAUUUUAUUGAGUUUUUCUUUUUAGGUAUGGCUCCCGCGUCUUAGUCGCUUUGAUCGCGUAGGUUUGGUUGACGCUUAAUUUAUAUUCUCUUGGGUAGGUAACCAAGUUACAGAUUGAUCGAUACCUACGGUACCCGGCAAAGGUCGUAGAUGUAAACAAAACUAAAUACUUUAAAAAAAUAAGACUAAGAAAUGGGGCUUACCAGUAACACUGGAUUAUUGGCCAGCGUGCAAGAAAAAUAUAUACUUCCAAGAGACAAGAUCAACCAACAAACAGAGCUGCGAUGCGAUGUGACACCAGCGCCGUUCAUACUGCGGCCCUAUGCAGGUCUCUACAACCCGUUCUCGCACGCCUGCUCUGUGCUCUGCAACCAUCCCGCUGACCACGCUGCCAGGGAGUUCGUCAAGAAGGCUAAGGAUGCUUGGUUCCUCGAAGGCAAGGGUCAUAUAUUACAAGAAGACCUGGCAAAGUUUCAAGAUCACUGUGAAAAGGAAAAGAACAGAACACCGCAUGAUAUCGUCACUGAAGAUAUGUUCAGAAGAUACACUGAGACAGACUCUCGCCCUUUGACACCAGCACCGACCCUCGCCAGCGGUAAAUCCAGGAGUUCCCGACGGUGCUUGACUCCUGACCAGCCCCAUCAAAGGACUACUAUUGUGCUCGAUUUGAGGAGAAGUCAUAGCCAGGAGACCCUAUAUUACCAUGGCUACGCCACUUCAGAGCUGACGGCGAUUCACUCGCCAAGUGUCAACGACAGGUCAACAUUACCCUCGUUGAACCUCUCCGGCAGCGCUCACAAACGUCGUGUGAACGGCCAGUGCGAGCAACUGCCGCCUUUGGCCUCUCCUCUAGUUCUUGCCAAGAGGACCCCUAAAGAACUUGUUAGCGUAAGGACUGUUAAAAAGAAUCAAUUGAAAGCCUUGAACCUGGGUAAAGCUCUUAAGAAUAAAAAGAAUGAUGCCCCAGCAACUCAGCGAUCGAAAGAUGAGAAAGAACCAAACGAUGCAGAUAAUGGUACGAUGAAUGAGCAAAAUAUGGACGAUGGAGUUGUUGAAGGUGGUGAAAUGCGGAGACGAGGUAAACGCCGUCGGAAAGGGAGGACUGGUGGCAGCGACCGCUUGACAUCAGCCGGUCUAGCGGCGCAGGCGCAGCAAGAUCCUGAAACACAAAUAGCAGGAAUAGUAACAGACUCACAGAACCCCAGUUCGCGAGGUUCCAUAGAUCAGGCAGCUGAGGAUGAUAUUAUACUGCCAGUCAUCAAACCUUCAGCACCUGUCAGGAAAACUGACUCCUUCCUAGAUGACGAUAUACUGAAGUAUUUGCACAGGGAGGUUGAUGAAGACGCGAUUGAAACUGAAUUUGAUACUAAGAGACGGUACGUGCUAGAGGAAGCGUUCCGUACUCGGCCGGAACGGUCAUACGGCCAGGAGAUGCAGGCUUUGCUCCGCGAAUACCGCGUGCCGGCAGUCAGCCUGGGCGACUGGCUCCACAUACCGCGCGUGUUCUCGCGCCAAAACGCUCAGUUCAGCUUGCCUUUGGACUCUAAUGCUUUGGAAACUUUGACGCCAAUGAAUUAUGCCGCAAGAUUUGUGACAGUGAAGAAGUCCAAACAGUUGCUUUAUCUAACAGUUUUGAGGAAAUUCAGGGCUCGCGGUUACAGGAUGCCCAUAAAGGACAUCCAAGAAGGCCUGACUCUUAUGAUGGGCGGCAUCCUGUCAUCAGAACAAGUGAAGCAGUUCCAAGUAACAAUGGAAUGGGAGCAAUAUGAAGAAGAUGAGAACAUUCCAGAUGAGAUCAAACUUACUCUACUCGACACUGGUUUCCGAAAACCCUUGGUUUUGGAAGGAGGGGAUACAGGCGAGCCGCAAGCACAAACCAUAAAGUAUAGAACAUGGUGCGGACUUUGCGCAAUUUGUGAACGAAUAUAUGGAAGGUUCCCGCCGAGAGACAAAGACCCGCCAGAUGGGAUGGAGCUGAGCGAUUUUACCAUGAUUGAAACAAGAAUUGCUGUGCUGAAAGUUCACAGCGGGUUAAUAGAAAUUCUCAAUACAAUUAGAUCAAGAUAAAUUAAUAGAUUUAAAACUUUGUUCUUCUUAUCGUUUUGUUUUAUUACCUACCAAGUUUUAUAUUUUUGAAUAAAUCUGAAUUUUUAUA